AUGUCUACCCCUCGCACCUCUUUACGACAGGGCCUGCGCCAGGCCCCGAAGGUCAACCAACCUUUUAUCCCUGACACCACCCCAGCUCGUCGGUCACAUAUCCAACAUGGAUUUACAUCACCUCAACCCUCAACGAGUCCACAUCCCGUAACCUUCAAUCCAGCCGCCAAUCCCCAAAACUCGCAGUUCGCCGUCGACAGCUGGGAAGGAAAAGACCACAGACAGCUUCCCAUGUCAACACGAGAAGUUCCAACCCCAGGAAAUCGACCAAUUCUAUUCGCCAACCUACGUGACCCAGCGAAGGCGCCCCGGCAACUAGAUUAUUAUGACCCCUACUUUCCCCUGAGGUUUCUGGAGGUCCCAAGAACCGAUCAUAUUUACAAGCGCGCUCACUAUGGCCUGCAGUCAGGUAUUCCAGACGAAGUUGACUUUGCAUUAUACCAUCUGGUACAGAUCUCAAAUCAACGAUGGGAUAAGUUCAAGUUUGAAGGCUUCCCGCUACUUGCUGAGACACUCAUGCAAAAAGCCCUCGACAUCACAUACCUCUGCACAGGAGUAAAAUGGGAGUUCCAGUAUGAUCCUCUUCAGCCGAUUGACCGUGUCAAUGUUUUAAACUCGCUACACGGCACACGGGACCUCCUCGAUAAAAUCAAAAAGAUCCCAGUCAACCUUCCGAUUGACAGCCUUGAGACCGACGAAUUCAACCAUCAGCUUCGAAACAUCAAAGAGGCAACCUUGGUGCUGAGGAACAUGGUUUUACUGAAGGAGAACGCAUUCUAUGUAUCACGCUACGCGAAGGGUCUAUUGCGAGACUUCUUGGUCAUUCUGAUCAACGCACCCAACCAGCCCCGACUUAACGAAAUCAAGAACGACGCCCUCGACAUCGCGGAAGAGGUCACAAAGUUCUUGCGCACUGACCCAGCGGACCCCCUCUGGAUCUCUCUUGUGAAUUGCAUCGACUCUCCCGAUCGCGCCCAUGUCGUGCGAGCUCUCUGGGCUCUGACCCAUUUCGGUACUGAGUUGGAUGAUGCGGAUGCCAACCGGUCCAUGGAGAGCUUGACAAAACCAACUCUUCAACAGUUGUACUACCACACUCUCCUCGACCUCGAUAAGGAUAUCCUGAGCGGCGCACUGGACUUGUGGUAUCAAUAUACUCUCAGCCCUGACAAUAUCGAGACAUUGAUGGAUGUUGUCAACUUCCCAAUUGUGUUUGUCCCCCGCAUGGUCGCACUAUUAACCUACGAGGCACGACCGACCAGAAAGGAGACCGUUCUCCAAGAAGAAAAAGUCGCACCUCCACCAACUGACAUUCCUCGCGUACCUCCUGAACUCUUGGAGAAGCUGAUGGAAUUGUCGGAACCGGAGCGGAGCUCACAGUGGCUGCGUUGCUGCUUCAUCGAAGAUGCAGAAUGCGAGAUUACACAGAUUGCUCUUUGGCAAGCAUACCAGAGCCGAUUUGCAGACCCCCGUGUUGCCGGAGGUGGUGUCCUACCCGCUGCCGAGUUCAUCAAGAAUGUCAGCAACACCUUCACAAACGCACAAGCACAGGUCAUCAACGGCCCAGGCACUGCCACCAAGUUCAUUAUCAAGGGCAUUCGUCCUCUGGAGACUGCUCACACCUUCGAGGCCUUCCCCUAUGUCUACUGCAGAUGGGCGGAUAAUUCCAAGCCUUCUAAGAUGUGUCAACGCGCAUUCACAUCCCCGACAGACCUACGGAACCACGUUUUCGGUGACCACAUGAGCCUCGAACCAGCAGAAACCGAAGGCCAAUACAAGCUGGACACCGCAGAGACCGCCAUCCACACCUGCCAAUGGGACCAUUGUGCACGAUUCCGAGCGUCUGGCCCCAGCGCCAACACAUCCAUGGUCGCCGGACACGUUUCCUCCCAUUUGCCCGAGGACCGCCCGGCGGACGCCCAACCCCCAAGUUCUAAGCGCGCUAUCCUGCAGGAGCGCAUCGUACGCAAGUGGUUCUACAUGGACACACCAAUCAACGAGAAGGGCGAACCCUUCGGCGUAGCCUACAAGGCCGCAUUGGUAUUGCGCAACAUCGCCCGCGGCCUCCCCAACCGCACCACAUCCAGAUACGGCGGCCUACCCUGGAAGAAGGCAUGCUUUACCAGCCAACGACCCAAGAUCGUCGAAGUUUGGGACCGAAACCGCGCCCUGCGCAAGGAAUUGACCGAACUGAUUAUGGUGAUUGAAAAAGAGGUCGACUACUGA